CUGAGUAGCUAGCGUUCCCUUAUUUCCUUGUAUACCCUGGCUUCUGGCUUCAUAUCUGACUUCUCUUUGGUUAUAGCGAUUCGGCACCUCUUCCCACUGCUGGCUUGACUCGGUUUGACUGACAUCGACUUUAUGUGUGUAUGUUUAGUUUGUCUUUGUUAGUUGCUUGUUUCCCUGUUGCUCCUGACAAUAGACAGGAUUGUAUUUUAUUGUGUUGACAUUUGACUCCCCUCACUUAUUUAGUAAGGGAUUGUCGACCAGUUGCCGGCCUAUCAUUUAGUAUAGGCAGACAAGUAGGCAGGGACCGGGGCGCGGGUAAGCUUAGCGAGCACUUCUUCCCUGCCCAUACGUGACACUCAGUCUUAAGCAGAGAUCCAGGAGCUGAGGAAUGAGAUUGCUACUAGGUCACAAUUAGAGACUGGCAUGAAAAGCGAGUUCCCCAAAAUGGUGUCUGGUCUGGCCUCUUCCCAUAAUUCACAGCCACAUUCCACAGCAGAUUUACCCUCUGAAAAGGUCUGUGUUUCAUCAAGCGCAAAUAAGGGGGCGCUAAAGAGUGAGAUUGUAGAAGUUCCCAGUGCUGGUUUUGAAUUACAGAAAUUGAAUAGCAACAAUGUAAAGUACAAAGCGAAUUGGAGCAGAUUAGGAGCUGUUAGAAGUGUGUCUUUAGCAGUGAAACGGUAUAGAUCAUCUAUGAGGGAUGACACCAAGAAAGCAUGUACAGCUAAAAUGGUAAAGACUUGUUUUGCAUGUGGUGUUGUAGGCCAUAUUGCUAGAUACUGUAAAGCGCAUAGUAACAAAACUCAAAGUAAAUACUGUCCAGCUAAAUGUUAUAGAUGUGGUCUUAGUGGCCAUAUCUCCACAAGUUGUUAUUCUACUGGAAACAUGACGCAGAGGGAACCAGGUAAAUCCAGAAAUAUACAUUGUUCCUCUAAGCAAUGUUUUCCAGAGAAACCGCUCAGCUUCCCCAAUAAACCUCAUUUGUCUAUUCCCAUGGAAGCUGACAUUACAAAAUACAUUACAAAAAACCUACAACAGGUUCAAGCAGAUUAGUGGCCGUGUAACCCCGCUCGACCGAUGGACCUCCAAUCAGAAGAAUCCAAGCUCACCACAAACAGAUGACCAGAUGACCAACGCUUCUAAUGGAGUGAAGAAGGCUACCCAUUCCUCAGCAUCCCGUGGUUGGAAGAUGACAAUGAUCAAGUCGUUAAAACUGGGUUUGGAUGACAUGGCAAGACAGGAGAACCCAGAACCAAAGGAUUCCCUCCAACAUAUUGGAAUUGGCUUUUGGACACCACAAAGGACGCUUUAAAUAAACUGUCUCAAGAGAAGCUACAAAUGAGGAUGGUAGCUCCAUCAAUUGCCUAAGCCCUAGACUAUCCCUUUACUGGCAACAGUAGAGUCCAUGCUACAGCUACAUAGUAAACUAUGAGGGCGACAUAAACCAUGAUCUAUGUAAGCUGACAGCAAGAACCUAGGGCUACCUAUUGUAAACUUAGACUUGUGAAUACUGAGUUUAGGGGAUUACCAAUCCAGCAAGCAACUCUAAUGUAGUUUCUGGUAUAGGAUCAAGAGGUGGAAUGUUAUGGAUAUGAAAAUGACAU